AUGCCUGGCGUAGGCGGACCGGUUGGCCCCAGCGGUCGUGACGGUCGCGAUGGGAUUCCAGGUCCUGCCGGGCCACCAGGACCUCCCGGCCCGCCCGCCUCAUCUGGGCCAUGCAGCCAACCCGGACCCCCUGGCCCACCUGGUCCCGAGGGCCCACCCGGAUUCAACGGGUCAGACGGCCGGGACGGACUCCCUGGACCACCAGGAAGCUGUGAUUGUGACAGUAACGCUGUCAGCCUGAAAGACUGUGACGACGUCUACAAGGCAGGCCACACCACCAGCGGUGUCAACACCAUCAAGCCAGACGCCACCGGAGCCUCGUUCCGGGUCUACUGUGAGAUGGAAGCCGGGGCCGGCGGCUGGACUGUCCUCCAGAAGCGCUUCGACGGUUCCGUAGAUUUUGCUAAUGACUGGGAAACUUACAAAAAUGGGUUUGGGGACCUCAGUGGCGAGUUUUGGCUCGGAAACGACAAAAUCUAUCAGAUCUCAAACGAGAAGGUAUACCUUCUGCGCAUUGAUCUGGAGAAUUGGUCCUGUGAAACGGUAUAUGCUGAAUAUGAUAGGUUCUAUAUCGAGGAUGAAGCGGCAAAGUACCGUCUGCAUGUUGGUGCCUAUAGCGGCACUGCUGGGGAUGAUUGUGACGAACUGUUCAAGGCAGGGUACAGCAGUAGCGGCGUCUACACCAUCCGUCCGGUGGCCUCCCGUGACCCGUUCCAGGUCUACUGCGAGAUGACCGGCCGAGUCGGCUGGACGGUCUUCCAGAAGCGGUUCGACGGUUCCGUACAUUUCGCUAACGACUGGGAAGCGUACAAAAAUGGGUUUGGGGACUUGAACGGCGAGUUUUGGCUGGGAAACGACAAGAUCUAUCAGAUAACCAACACUAGAAGCUAUCGCUUGAAAAUCGAUCUAGAGAAUUGGUCCUCAGAAACGGUAUUUGCCGAAUAUGCUACGUUCUAUAUCGAGGACGAGGCAGAAAAGUACCGUCUGCAACUUUAA